GGCUUCCGUCCUCAUUUUCCAGCCGGGGAUCGCACUCUGGCUUCGCAGCUUUGACACAGCGUCACUUGUGAAACAGCACAGGGGGAAAAGACGCACACGGGCCAAACCCCAUCCGCACAAGCAGGAGAAGAUGUCCGAUCCCAAUAAGUACCGAGAGUGGAUCCUGGAAACAAUCGACUCUCUCCGCUCGAGGAAAGCCCGUCCGGAUCUGGAGAGGAUUUGUCGAAUGGUCCGGAGACGACACGGGUCUGACCCGGACCGAACCAGGACAGAACUGGAAAAACUGAUUCAAGAGCAGACGGUGCUCAAAGUUAGCUACAAGGGGUCCAUAUCGUACCGAAAUGCGGCAAAGGUGCAGAGGAAAAGCAGAAAGAAGAGUGAGUUUACGGCCGCUGGCAGCAGUAGCAGCAGCAGCAGCGCGGAGGCAGCGAGGGAGCGGACCAAACGCGACCAGAUGAACAACAACGGCGACAGUGCGCACAGCUUCACGGACCAGGAGGAGGGAGAGGAGGACUCGGAGCCCAGCCCAGAUUCCCACACUCAAACACCAGCCAGCACAACCGAGAAAAAGCUCAAGCCUGCCCCCAGCCCGAGUAGCGGAAACGGGUGCCUCAGUUGUGGCGCAACAACGGGCUGCGCUGUCGGGAGCUGCUGUAAAGAGGAGAAAGCAAGUGCACCGACAGACAAGGGAUUAGGACCGCAGGGAGUGCGGAACUGCCCUUCGCCCGGUCUCUUUCACAGAACAAACGCACACGGCAGCGGUGAUGCCAGCAAGUUAUCACCGAGCAAAGCCGAUGCAGUUUGCGGAGAAAAAGAGUCGUGUUUGUCCGGUGAUGACACCCAGAACAAAACUUGCUCUAGGAGCGUCGGCAGCCUCCCGCAACAACAGAGACAGAAGCAGACUGAGCUCCUCAAGCCAAAACUUCAACUUGGAGGAGGGGGCGUCAAAACUGCGGGGAACCCCGCCAACUCUGACCUGGGCGACAGAUUGGUGGCUUCUGUUCGCAGCCUGUCCGAGAAGAGCAUGCGAGGCGGCACCGCGACCAGAGGCCACGUGAAGCCGCUCGGGUUGAAGGAGAUUUUGGGCUAUCUGAGCAGCCAGGACCGGCUGUCGGAGGAGAAGCUGACCCGAGGCAAAGUCAAAGUGGUCAUGGAGAGAGAGGUGGCGAGGGGCAGGCUGCGCAUGAGCCGCUGCGGGAACAUCACUCUUCCUCUGAGGGGGAUGGUGGUGGAGAAGCCGAUGCCGAAGAAUGCGUCCGCUGACCGUCUUGUAAAGAGCGCACUGCAGGACAUGCACACUGAGAAAAAGCCGCCCUCCCCCUCUCUCCAUGAGAAUGAGCCGAUGGAAACAGCCAGUGAAGAAGAGGAACGGGAAGAGAAUGAGGAAGAGGAGGAGGAAGAGGAGGAGGAUCCCAGGAGUUCUGAAGAGGAAGGAGGACCACCCCCGGUAGCCAUGACAACCGAACAAGAGCUCAUUGAGAAAACUACAGAAGAUGCUGAGGUCCAGACAGCAUCCAAGCAGGAGAGCCCCCAGCAGCAGCACUUAGGUAAAGGCAUGUGCGGGCUUGAUUCCCCCACCAGGACGCCGCGUCCACCUGUUCAGGGAGCUUCCCUGGCACAAUGUACCAGCACACACUUGGACAAGAGAGCUGUCGUCCCUGAUCAGCUUUAUACAGAGACACAAAAUCAGCAUGACAGAAACAACCACACCUCCUCAGGCUUUAACAGCAUGGAGUCUAAAAUGGAGGUGGGAGUGUCGUCCUGCCUGCUCACACCCACUGCCUCCCCGAAAGACUCUGCCACAUCUGAGGAGCGAGGGAUGAAUGGAGUCAGCAGUGGAGGGUCUGAGGGGACCAGUGGGAGCCCGGUGGACUGGACGGUGUCUGAUGUGGUCAGUUAUUUCACAGCGGCAGGUUUCCCCGAGCAGGCUGCUGCCUUCAGGACCCAGGAAAUCGAUGGCAAGUCUCUUCUCCUCAUGCAACGUAACGAUGUUUUGACUGGCCUUUCGAUCAGACUCGGCCCCGCCCUUAAGAUCUAUGAGCAUCAUGUAAAGGUUCUGCAGAAAACACAUUUUGAGGAUGAUGACUGUUGACAAUAAAAAUGCACACUCAGACUGUUAUGUCUGUAUCGACACAUAGCUCAAUUAAUCCUUUAAAAAUGUAUGCAUGAUAUACAAUACACUUCACUUUUUAUAUCAUGUCAAACAGCACCACACAUACACGCGCACACACACACACACACACACACACACACCUAGUUUUCUCUGCCUCUGGUCCUCUGCAACUGCUCUGGUUCAGAAACAACACACAGAAGUGAGCCUGGAUUUCCUGGACAACAGGGAUUUUCUGCCAAACCGAGCACACGUGUUGGAGGGAGAAAGUAGACUCAUACAAUUUUAAGAUACAGGGGUUGAAAAAGAAAAGUCAUGCAAUCAUGCAUCCUUUUUUAUUUCCAAUGAUCAAGCACUUUCUCAACUAAACUGAAAGAUGGUUUGUUUUUAACUUGUUAUUUUGUACUGACCUUUAUGCACAUUUUGAAGAAGGCCUGGGUAAUUCUGGAUGGAAGACAAUUUCCUUUUGUUCUUCUGGAGCUGUGGUGCAAGGGUUUCUCACUUGUGGCUGUGUGUUUGUCAUUGCACACAUACUGUAUGUGUGUGGCAGCCAUGACAGAGCAUGUUGGAUUGAUCAGAAACAAAUUAGAAGUUGACCAGAUUAAACACAUUCCCGGAAGUUGAUGCGGAUGGUUGGGAUGCUCACCCGUCAAAUAUCCGUCCUGUACUGUAUGUCAGGCUACAAUCCGGUCCAGGGUUCACGGCCAUGUAUGGAAAGGCCGCAGGUCAAAGCAAUAAGCUGAUAAACUAAUUUCCCUACUAAAUGAAAUUAAGACUGGGGAUGGUAAAAACAUGGCUGACCGAGCAACUGCAUUAAACAGCUCAGCUCGUUUCACUUCAGCAGAAAAUGUUUGCCUGCUGUAAGGAUUGAACUAUUACAAAUACAUUUUUCCUGAAAAAGUUCAGCAAAGAGAUUACAGUAAGAAUACAGAAACGUCCAUUGAAAUAAAAAUCAUAGAGCUGAGAUGUUGUGGCUUCUUAAUGUGGCAGGACCUGUCAGUCAGGCUCAGUAUAGUAUCUUCGGACAAAUGAAAACGACUGACAAUGUCCUCACUGCUGUGUAUUUCCUGAAAAAGUGUUUUUUGGGGUUAAUCAGCAGGUGUCACUUAUUGGUACGAUGGAAACCUAACUCUUAGUUCAGAGUAAGCUUGGAGUAGAACGACUAGGUUUUUAGGCUUAAAAUAAGUCUAACACGACUUACUUACUUACUUACUUACUGCCCGUCACCCCUACCAGGGUAUGGGCCGCCAACAACAACAACAACAGCUCUCCAGAGUCCUCUGUCCUGGGCCAUUUUCUCUAACUGGUUCCAGGUGUAGCCCAUCUUGGUGGUGUCAGCCCCGCCAGGUGUUUCUUGGCCGACCUCUCUCCCGCUUGCCUUGUGGGUUCCACCGCAACGCCUGCCUAGUGAUGCUGGUUGGUGGUUUUCGUAGGGUAUGCCCUAUCCAACACGACAGACCAGUCUAAAAUAUCUUCAUAAAACUGGCUUCAUCGGCUGCAGAAAUGUUGAUCAAACAUGCUAGCUAACCGUACUGAAAUCAGCAGAGCAAUCAAUUCUCAACUAAAUAUUAUGAUGUAUAUUUUAUUAAUCAGUCCAUUUUAUCAGCCUUCAUCUGUAAAUUAUUUAAAAAAAAAAAGAUCUAAAUGAAAGAUGUUAUUGCAGGGUAAAGCUGAGUCAAUCAAUUAACUAAUCUCACACCACCAGCAUUUUAAACUGGUUUACCGGUCAAAUCUUAGAAACCAAAUGCUGUCAUGAUCGCAUCUCUCAUUCCCACCUUCACUGUAAGGGCACACAUUCCAGUUUUGGCAUCUCCUCUGUGCAUGCAUU